CCCCCUUCCCUGCUCUGCAUGAACCAGGCUCUCCCUGGACCCAGAGCUGCAUGAGGAGGACGCAGUCGGCAGAGGCCAGCAUCAAAGUACCGGCCUUGAGAAAUGUGGCUCCCUUACCUGCUGGUGACAAUCCUGUUCUGCAGGGUGGGAGGCUCCAUCCACAUCCCUCAGAAGCUGUUCGGGGAGGUGACUUCCCCUCUGUACCCCAAGCCAUACCCCAACAACUUUGAGACCACCACUGUGGUGACGGUUCCCCAAGGAUACAGGGUGAAGCUCAUCUUCUGGCAGUUUGACCUGGAGCCCUCUGAGGGCUGUUUCUACGACUAUGUCAAGAUCUCCGCAGACAAGAAAAACCUGGGGCGGUUCUGUGGGCAGCUGGGUUCCCCGCUGGGCAACCCUCCUGGGAAGAAGGAGUUCUUGUCCCAAGGGAACAAGAUGCUGCUGACCUUCCACACGGAUUUCUCCAACGAGGAGAAUGGGACGGUGAUGUUCUACAAAGGCUUCCUUGCCUAUUACCAGGCUGUGGACCUUGACGAGUGUGCCACCCAGCUCAACUCUGUGGAAGAGGCUGCCCAGCCCCUGUGUCGGCACCUGUGCCACAACUACGUGGGCGGCUACUUCUGCUCCUGCCGGCCAGGCUACGAGCUUCAAGCAGAUGGGCAUUCCUGCCAGGCGUCCUGCGGCAGCGAGCUGUACACUGAGCCCUCGGGCUACAUCUCCAGCCUGGAGUACCCCCGGCCCUACCCCUCGGACCUGCGCUGCAACUACAGCAUCCGGGUCGAGCGGGGCCUCACCCUCCACCUCAAGUUCCUGGAGCCUUUUGAAAUCGAUGACCACCAGCAAGUCCACUGCCCCUAUGACCAGCUGCAGAUCUAUGCCAGUGGGAAGAGUAUCGGCGAGUUCUGUGGCACGCAGAGGCCCCCCGACCUGGACAGCAGUGGCAACGCCAUAGAUCUGCUCUUCUUCACAGAUGAGUCCGGGGAUAGCCGAGGCUGGAAGCUGCACUACACCACGGAGAUCAUCAAGUGCCCCCAGCCCAAAACACUAGACGAGUUCACCAUGAUCCGGGACCUACAACCCAAGUACCAGUUCCGUGACUACUUCAUUGCCUCCUGUAAGCAAGGCUACGAGCUCAUGGAGGGAAAGCAAGUGCUGACAUCCUUCACAGCUGUUUGCCAAGAUGACGGCACAUGGCACCGUGCCAUGCCCAGGUGCAGGAUCAAGGACUGUGGGCAGCCCCGAAGCCUGCCUAAUGGGUACUUCCAUUACACCACCACAAGGGGAGUGCACACCUACCAGGCGCGCAUCCAGUACUAUUGCCAUGAGCCAUACUAUAAGAUGCUCACCAGGGCCGAAAGCAGUGAGUUGGAAAGAGGGACGUACACCUGCACAGCCCAAGGCAUUUGGAAGAAUGAACAGGAAGGAGAAAAGCUUCCCCGGUGCUUGCCAGUGUGUGGGAAGCCAGUCCACCCAGUGGAAUCCAAACAGCGAAUCAUCGGAGGGCAGAGGGCCCGGCCAGGCAACUUCCCCUGGCAGGCGUUCACCAACAUCUACGGGCGAGGCGGGGGGGCCCUGCUGGGUGACCGGUGGAUCCUCACAGCUGCCCAUACUCUCUACCCCAAGGACCACUCCGCACAAGGCAACGCUUCUGUGGAUGUGUUCCUGGGCCACACCAGCGUAGAAGAGAUCAUGAAACUGGGGAACCACCCCAUCCGCAGGGUCAGCAUCCACCCAGACUACCGUCAGGACGAAUCCAACAACUUUGAGGGGGACAUUGCCCUGCUUGAACUGGAAAAUAGUGUCACCCUGGGCCCCAACCUCCUCCCCAUCUGCCUGCCUGACAACGAUACCUUCUACGACACCGGCCUCAUGGGCUACGUCAGUGGCUUUGGGAUAACAGAGGAGAGGAUCGUUUCUCACCUCCGGUUUGUCCGUCUGCCUGUAGCCAGGCGAGAGGCCUGUGAGAAGUGGCUCCAAGGAAAACAAAGGAACGAUGUGUUUUCUCAGAGCAUGUUCUGUGCUGGAGACCCGAGUCUAAAGCAGGAUUCCUGCCAGGGGGACAGUGGUGGGGUCUUUGCAGUGAGGGAUCCCAACAGCGAUCGCUGGGUGGCCACAGGCAUUGUGUCCUGGGGCAUUGGGUGCAGCAGAGGGUAUGGCUUCUACACCAAGUUACUCAGUUAUGUAGACUGGAUCAAGAAAGAGAUGGGGGAGGAUGGCUGAACCCCGGGCUCCCGAGGUCCGGAUCCGGAGGGCGGUGUGUAAAAGAACAUGAUCCGACCAGGUAUUGAUCACCACCAAGAGCCCGUAUUAAAACCACUGACGCAGAGCAACACGGUGUUCAAUCCAUUUUGUUUCUUGAACGCUUCUCCACGCCCUUUCCCGGACACAAUCCAAAGAGCACCGCUCCUCCCCCCAGCACUCCGGAGAGUGUUUUCCCAAUCUCUCGUUGUCAUUUUUCCUCCCCGUUUUCAGAUCGUUGAGUGGUUGCCUAAAACUUUUGCCAAAUAAAGAUUCACGAGAAACAACA